CCCGGAGAAAGUGAGCGAUCAUCGCAGCCUCUGCGCUCUCGAAACUCAAUCAGAGUAGGCGGCAGUGCGCGCGCUCCACAGCAGAUGAACUGAGAGCACAAGACCAGCCAUGAUGCUCAGCCUGCAGCUGUGUGCGCUGGAGGAGAGCUGAGGAGCUGCAGUCAUGCCGGAGAAGAGCGCACAGUAGAAGUCUUCUCACUGAGGAUGGCAGGGAUGCUGCGCGCCGCAUCACUCUCUCUGGCUCUGUGAAACAGCGCACGGUGCCCCAGACGAGCCGUACGGCAGGACCUGCGUGAGUGUGUGUGUGUGUGUGUGUCUACAGCUCAGUGGAAUGAUUUCAGAUCUCCCCAAGGUGCUGAUACUGGGGGCCAUCGCCGCCGCCUCUGCCUUUGUGGUCACCAUCCUUAUCGUCUUGGUGUGUGUGGGGUGUCAGAGAAAAAGCAAGAGCAAACAUGGCCAAGCCAACGGAGGGGCUCAGAAAAAGGAAACAGCUGCUCUGCGCCAGUCCAAGCUGAACUCAAUGAGUAAAUCUGACACCCGCCUGCAUGACAUGCACAGGCUGCCCUGCAACGCCAAUGGCGCCCCUAAGAGCCGGCCGGCCAGCAUGGAUCUUCUGCUCCUGCAUACCCGCCGCUCCAAUACUGACCUCCGUCCCAGCCCAGGCCGCCAGCUGCCUCGUGCUCCCAACAAAAAUGAGAAUGAGGAACGUGAGCACACCUACUCUGAAGUUUGCCGCCGCUCCUCUCCCACAUCCCACCCGCCAGAUGAUGGCCUAUACGAGAGUGUUGGGAUCAAAGGGGCGGGGUCUGAUAAAGCUGCCCCACCUGCUGCCCCUGCCCCGACGUCAACCAACACGCCCACUCAGCGCUGUGCCCACAGCCCGACGCUCAAUGGGAACGGCCGAGGUGGAAGCAGAGGAGGUGUGAACGGUGUGAGUCAAGACGAAGUGACGGCAGAGUACGCCUCCAUACGGAAGGUGAAGAAGCUGGAGCGCGGCAGGAGGGAGGAAGUGGUGGAGGAUGGAGAAAGGGAGCACCAGAGCGUGUCCAGCAGCGAGUCCUCCAGCAGCACUUUGCCUAGGAAAACAGUGGAACCGUUUCACCUACCCAAUUUCCCAAAGAUCUCUGAAAUGUACUCUACCGUUUGUAAGACCCUGAAGAGGAGACACCAGCAGGGUCAAAGCCAGGAGGAUAGCAGGCCGACUCAGGCCGACUCUGCUGCGUCCCAAGCGGUGGACCGGGGCGGUGCGGGCUGCCCUUCCGCCGGUGCUGCAGGGGAAGAACCGUGGGGGAGGAGCGGCCCCCAGGAGGAGCCCUGCUACGAGCCUGUGGGCGAGAAGACGUGGCCCCGGGGCCUGGUGCAAGAGUCAGACCCGGCCUACGCCACAAUCGAUUCCCACCGGAAACGGGAGAAGCUGGCCAGCAACACGCUGAAGCCUAAAAAGAAACCCGCACAGGGUCCGGGCAGAGCCAUGACCUGCGAGAACUUUUACGAGACUAUCGGCGACGUGAAGCAGGGAGCAAAUGCAGCGAGCACCACCACUAUCUUUACCUUUAACGACGGCAUGGAAAUGUACGUUACGGGGCUAUAAAAAAGCCUGACUUUAACCGUCAAAUUAAACACCUACCUACAGAGGGGGGAAAAAAAAAAACUGCAGCCCUCUAAAAAAAAAAAGAGAAGAUAUACAGCCUACAGCUGCCAAACACACGCCAACCUACAUAACCACACAACCAAUGUAUAUUUAUUCUUACCAUAGGAGUGCACAAUCAGCUGCAACACUCAUGCAGACAAAACAACACUGAAUUGGCUGAACAAGGCCUGCAGCCGGGCUGUUUUUAGCUGAAAGGCAUGCUCACCAAAUCCAGGGAUCUAAACUGGUUUUUCCACCAUGCUACAGUUGCUAAUGAUAGUUUACUGCAGGGUUCAAAUCAAUAUGACUUUAAGACUCACUGUAGCACAGGGGAGUUUGCAUCUGAUUAUAUACACUGCCAGUGUACGUUU